UGCCUGGCCUUGUCGUUGGUUUGUUUCCGGAUACAGGGCCUCGGGAAGGUGGAACUUAAGGCUGGGAGCCAAUAGUACAGGCUGUCAAUUGACCAGCAAAUGAAAUUGACGUUUUCAUCAACCAGUGGGAAAAAGCAGUUGCCAAAGGGGCCCGCCUACAGAAGGGGAAGACGGGAAGUGGCGGCCAAGGCAGGCGCGGCUGGACAGUGCUCAGGCCUGAGGACCAGUGGUACCCAGACUUACCUUUGACCUUUUCCUGCCCGCCUUCCGCCUAGCUUUUGAACCACGCCUCCUCCAAGUUUUUCUGAUCCAGCGCAUUAGACCUGGAUCCAAAUCAUGUUCCCGGUAAAGGUGAAAGUGGAGAAAUCAGUUGGUCUCUCCACUGAGCGGUACUAAAGCUGCUUUGCAAGGAUCUGGACCAGACAGGACGUAGGAUCGAUCGCCUCCCACAGCGCAUGUGGGAGGCGCACACACAGCUGACUCCUACCUUCUGCCCUCAGAGAUGGAGAUGGCCAAAGCCCGGAAUCAGUUGGACGCUGUUCUUCAGUGUCUUCUGGAGAAGAGUCACAUGGACAGGGAACGCCUGGAUGAAGAAGCUGGGAAAACCCCCUUGGAUACGCACAACAAGGAUUGUUCCAUCGCUGCGACUGGCAAAAGGCCAUCUGCCCGCUUCCCCCACCAGCGGAGGAAGAAGAGAAGGGAGAUGGACGAUGGGAUUGCCGAGGGGGGUCCUCAGAGAUCCAAUACGUAUGUGAUCAAGCUGUUUGACCGGAGUGUGGACCUGGCUCAGUUCAGUGAGAACACACCGUUGUACCCCAUCUGCCGCGCCUGGAUGCGCAACAGCCCCACAGUGCGAGAGUGCGAGCGCUCGCCCGGCUCACCACUGCCCCCUCUGCCUGAGGACGGAGAGGGUUCAGAGGUCAUCAACAGCAAAAAUCGUGAUGUGUACAAGCUGCCUCCACCCACAGCCCCUGGACCACUUGGAGAUGCCUGUAGAUCCCGAAUUCCAUCCCCACUCCAGCCUGAGACCCAGGGCACCCCCGAUGAAGAACCUUCUGAGCCCGAGCCAUCUCCUUCCACACUUAUCUAUCGCAACAUGCAACGCUGGAAACGCAUCCGCCAGAGGUGGAAGGAGGCCUCUCAUCGGAACCAGCUUCGCUACUCAGAAAGUAUGAAGAUCCUACGGGAGAUGUAUGAUCGGCAGUGACCUUCCCAGUAACCCCACCCCAAUAAACCUGUCCCCAACCCA